GUCUCCCGCUCUCUUCAGUCACUUUUAUUUUGUACUAAAAUCACAAAAUCGCAUAUCAAAUGAACAAGAGCCGGCUUAAACCGUUCAUCUUCAAUGCUUUAUCACCUUAGUAUGGUAUCAGUUCUUUGAGGACUAGGUUUUCAUCAAGCGCGAUGUUGUUUUACGAGAAAUGUGGUCUGAUAGCCUUGGUGACUAUAUUGUUGAGUGUUCUGAAUUGCCGUGCCUGUGAUGUGUCUAAUUCGGCUGCUAAUCCUAACAAGGCACGGUACGAUCAGUUCCGGAUAUACAGAGUGUUUCUAGAAACAGAGAACCAGGUGGAACUUAUGCAACAGUUGGAGAACCGUAGUGAUAGCUACACUUUUAUGGGCCAUGCUCGUCAUACCAAUCAAAAUUUGACUAUCAUGGUCGCACCUCAGAAGAUUGCCGAGAUCACGGAUCUUUUAGAGCGCUAUAAUAUUAAAGGAUCAGUUCUGUUAUACAAUAUUCAAGCGUUGAUCGACAAAGAAGAGUUCACAAUUAUGCCGAAAGGUACGGGUGCGGAACAGUUCGAUUGGUUACACUACUUCCAUUUGGAUACCAUCCAUAAGUGGUUGGAUUUGCAAGCCUCUAAAUACUCGUUCGUUACUGUUCUACCGCUGCAGGCCAGCUACGAACGGAACCUUAUCAAAGGUGUUAAGCUAUCGAAAAAGUCGGGUAACACUGCAGUGUUCGUGGAGUGUGGAAUUCACGCUAGGGAAUGGAUCUCUCCGGCUGUUUGUACGUAUCUGUUGGAUCAACUUCUAACUUCGGACGCACCUGAGGUUCGUGAUUUGGCGGAAAAUUUCGAUUGGUUCUUUUUCCCGGUUGUGAACCCGGACGGUUACAAAUACACGUUCGAAUCGGAUCGUCUGUGGCGUAAGAACCGUGCACCGUACGGAAUGUGCCGAGGAGUUGAUUUGAAUCGCAACUUCGAGAGCGAUUGGAAUGGAAUCGGUGCUAGUUCGGAUCCUUGUGCGUAUGAUUUCGCCGGAGCUUCCGCUGCCAGUGAACCGGAAACGCAAGUUUUGCAACAGUUUCUCAAAGCAAACGCUCAAUCGAGCCGUAUCAGGACGUAUUUUUCGAUGCACUCGUUUUCUCAACUAAUUAUGUUCCCCUACGGGUACACUGCUGACAAGGUGGAAAACUACAACGAUCUGAAGACGAUUGGAGAAAAAGGUUCCGAAGCGAUACGAGCCACUCACGGAAAGCAGUACGUUUCCGGUGCGAUGAUCGAAACGAUUUAUCCUUCCUCCGGGGACAGUGUCGAUUGGGCAUUUGCGGCUUGUGACGUUCCGAUUGCCUUCACAUUCGAGCUUCGUGGACCUCCGGAAAGUACGAAUAUGUUUAUACUUCCUGCAGAGGAAAUUAUUCCGACUGGCCAGGAGACACUGGCUGCCUACGUUGCAAUGUUGAACGCUGCACGGGAUUUAGGAUAUUAUUCCGGUUCAGAGAGAAACCCAGAGCUGUGAUAGUUU